AUGAGCAAGGUAUUAACAUUAAAUGUACAGUGUAGGGGAUCAAAAUGCAUAUGUCCGGAUAAUAAUAAACCACAAAGUCUAAAGGUCGAAACGGUGACUCGUAUUAAUAAUGUCACUAGUUUUACCAAAUAUAGUCACAGUAUUCCAAAUAGAACCUUUACUCUAAAUAAGAGACUAAAGAAUGGAGAUAUAAUAGAGACAGCUAUAAGAAGUAGAGAAACGUCAAUACCUUCUGUGCAGAGUGUAUCAGUAUACUACUGGAAUGGGAAUCUUGGUAAACCUAUUUUAAUUGAAGUUAAGGAUGGUAGCAGCGGGACUAAGUACUAUUGUCACAGUUCAACCACUGGAAGAGGACGAAGCAACUGGUCAAAUGUCGGUAAUGAGAAUAGUCGACUUGUUCAAUUACUAGAUGAGCAGAACUGCGCAAGGAACCAUGCAGUACCGUUAGAAAUCAGUGAUCCCACAAAAAAUCACGCUCCAGAUAUUAAAUCUACUUGUCUAAAUGAAUUUAGAAAGAUCACAGGUCCCAUCUCUCCGAAACUUACUAUUCCAGGGGGUGACUACACUGUUCAAGAAUACAAAGUUCACACUCCUAGUGCUCUUGAAAAUGGUACAAAGAUCUCCAGAGUUGUCUUUGGAGGCAAUGAUACAAACAUCAGUCUUCCAAAAAGGUAUCCAGUAUAUAGAGUUAGAAUCUACUCACAACAAGGAACUAAAGAUAGCAAUCCUCCUCUCAUGCUCCAGUUUAUAAAGGAUGGAACAGAUUCUGAAUGGUUUUACAGCAGGAAAAAAGAUGGUAUAGACUGGGGAGAAGUUCAUGACACUUAUGGAUUCUAUAGUGAUUCUGCAGGAACUGAGCCCCAAGAGGCACUUACAACUGAACUUGACAAUGUUAGGUGUUUUCGUGAGAAUCUUGUUACUAUGAAUAUUAGUGAGAGUGUAUCCGCAGGACAGUCAUAUUGUUGCAAGUACCAUAAGGGUAAUAGUGCUAAGGUUACAGUUAGCGAGAGCUUUGCUAGUGUUGGUUCCUAUGCUUCCAUUCCAUUCCACAAACAUGAGAUUUCUGAUGCAAAUACUAAGCUUGCAAAGAUAAAGUUUUCUCCACACAGUUAUACUCAGGAUACCACAAGAAAAUACAUCAAAUUUACCGGUUUAACUCCAUAUAUCACAGGUCCUGUUAGUGUUUAUGUUUUCUACUGUGGAGGGAAUGAGCCAGUUCUUAUCUGUGUGGAAUAUAGUGGUGGACAAGGCAACGUUACAGGUUGGUAUCAGAAAGACAAAUCUAGUGAUGACGAUUCUAAGUGGAUCAUAGUUUCUAAUGGACUGGAUAAAUCUCCAGAUAAUAUACAAAACUGUAACGAAUGGACAAAGCUUAGAGAUGCACUACAGAAUGCAAGUGGAUGUUCACAGUAUAAAACAUGUAAAGAGCCUACUCAACCCUCAUCUCCAGUGUUCGGUGCUGGUGGUCCUGCUAGACCUACUGGACCUAAAGAAUCUCCUAUGAUUGCUAUUUCUAUUGAGUCACCCCCUAAAGGUGAUCUUCAAGGAUUUUAUACUGCCUCUGUACCUACAAUAUCUCUUGAACCACCUACAAUUUCAACUGGUGCUCGAGGAUCUAUUUCUGGUAGUAGUACCAUCGUUGGAGAAUUCCCGGAUGUACCCAUUACCUCUGGUAAUUCUCCGGAAUACCCUGCUGAUUUUCAAGGUGGAGGUGCUCAUACUGAAGGUACUCUUCCCGGAGUUGGUAGUGGACUAGGUUCUGCUAGUACUGUUCCUGAAGAAUCUCCUACUACUCAGGUUCAACGUAAUGAACAUUCUCUCCAAUCUGACCCAGCUCCUACUACUCAAUCUCCAUCACCUGCCGCUGGAGCUCCUGCACGUUCUACUGGUGGACUUCUUGAAGUUCCUUUUGUUGCUACUAUUGGAUACUUUUUUGCUACUUCUGCAGGAUCCGGAUUAACUGGCUUCUUGGGAUAUAAGGGUUAUAAGUUAUACCAAAACUUUAAAGGAGAUCCUUGGGUUAGGCAGAUUUGA